AUGGCCUUCGGGGCUCAUAUAGGGAGAGACGGUCCCGCAGCAAUUGUCGACCAGCCAGAUUUCACAGCCCUGUGGAAGUCCGUGAUGAAGAAAGAUUCACUCGCCCUGCAACAUCUUCUGUCCUACCACCCUCAGAUCCCAGCAUUUGCCCCUUUCCCCUCCUUGUAGUUCUUCGUGGUGUGCCAGAGCUUACUGCAGUUCACACAGCUGAUGAUCUCCGGCUACAUGAAAGGCUCCAUCUCAAGCGUCGAGAAGCGCUUUGGGUUCUCCAGCCAGACGUCCGGACUGGUGGCCUCCUUCAACGAGGUGGGGAACACGCUGCUGAUCGUCUUCGUGAGCUAUUUUGGGAGCCGAGUCCACAGGCCCCGGGUGAUCGGCUGCGGGGCCAUGCUGGUCUCCGUCGCGGCCUUCAUCAUCGCCCUUCCUCAGUUCGUCCUGGGAAUCUACGAGUUCGAUCGCUCCAUUUCGGAAAAAUCCAACCUUACAGAUGUCUGCCUCCCCGACCAGCCAAGCGGGUCUAAGUCCGAGCAGUGCACUGUGCUGGAAGCGAACGAAAGCCAGGUGGCUCUCUUCCUCCUGUUGCUCGGGCAGGCUCUGCUGGGCAUCGGCACCGUUCCCAUCCAGCCCUUCGGCAUCUCCUACAUCGACGAUUUCGCCAGCAGAAGGAACUCCCCCCUCUAUGUGGGAAUCGUCUUCGCAGCAACCACCGUUGGGCCUACGGUAGCGUUCCUUCUGAUGUCGUUCAUGUUAAACAUCUACGUCGACGCCGGCAAAGUCUCCAUAGUGGAAAUUCAGCUCACCGCCAAAGAUCCCCGAUGGGUCGGCGCUUGGUGGCUGGGGUUCCUCUUUGCGUCUGCUCUGGCCGCCAUCUCAGCGAUACCUUAUUUCUUCUUCCCGAGAGAGCUGCCAAAAGAGAAAGAAAGUCCACUGGAGGUGACUGCAGAAGAAUACAAGAAGGACCUGCUAGAUGAGCCUCAAGUGAAACCUGAAGAUCUCACUCUGUGGGAAUUCAUGAAAAUGUUUCCAAAGGUCCUGAUCAGAAAUUUCAAGAACCCCUUUUUCGUCAUGGUGAUCUUGACCAUGGUCAAUUUUUCCGCCAUGAUUGCCGGACUCGCUACCUUCCUGGCCAAAUUCUUGGAGGCGCAGUUUUCUCUCACGGCAUCGGACGCCAACAUGAUCAUAGGUUCCACCACCCUCCCCAUGGUCACCCUGGGAAUCCUGCUUGGUGGCGUCAUCAUAAAGAAGUUCCACUUGACCUUGCAGCAGAGCAGCCUCCUGUGCGUCGGCAGCAUGAGCCUUUGCCUCUUCUUCAGCUUCCCCCUCCUCUUCCUGGGCUGCCCGACCCACCCGGUGGCAGGCCUCGACUCUUCCGGAAGGUAGGUGAGCUCUGGGCCAUGCAUCUUCGUCUUCGACUGCAACAGAAGAUGCAACUGCUCUUCCAAUGCCUUCAAUCCUAUCUGUGGCCAGAAUAAGAUUGAAUACAUCUCCCCUUGUUACGCCGGCUGCUCGUCUCUGCAUUCUGAAGAAGGGGCUAAGGUAGUCUCGAAUUACACCACAUGUAGCUGCAUCGACGUCAACGGGGCCUCGGGGUCUGCCGUCCCGGGGCACUGCAGCAGGAAGUGCUCCCCUUACCUGAUGCCUUUUGUGAUGCUCUGCUGCCUAGCUGGAUUCUUGGCAAGCCUCACCCACACGCCGACCUUCAUGCUCAUCCUCAGGAACGUCGAGGCCGAAGACAAGUCUUUUGCCAUCGGGAUCAAGUUCCUUUUGCUAAGAGUUUGUGCCUGGCUGCCGGCCCCGGUGCUCUACGGCACCAUCAUUGACUCCACCUGCCUCCUGUGGGAGCAGAAAUGCCAGCGGAAAGCAGCCUGCAGGUACUACAACAACACUACCCUCCGGCACAGCUUCAUCGGCAUUCAACUCGGGUUCGAAGUCUGCUGUUUUCUCUGCUUGGUGGUCGUCUACUUCCUGUACCGGAAGGAGAACAAGUCCCAGGAAGAGCCGAAGGAAGAAACCCACCUGGACGAAGUACCAGAGCAAAGGCCAGAAGCGCCGCAAGCCCAAGAAACAGAAACGAGAGAAGCAACCGGCUGAUUCACACAGUGGGAUUCCCGGUUUCGCUGAGCAGAGGGGCUGCGCUCUGUCUGCGUGUGAUCCUUGAACUGCACAAGGAAGGGAAGCGGCGAACGCUGAGGGGCAGAUGCCUCUUUCCUCUGCCCAUCACUGCACUGGCGCUUUCCCUUCUUUUUUUUUCUUUUGUACGCACGCUCGGGAGUUAGUUACCCAGCUGCAGCUGGCGGAAAGCUUGGUAAAACUGUGAUAAGUCAAUAAAUACUCCAUCUAC